AUGCAAAUACUAACAUAUAAAAGACAAAAACAAGGACUUGGACAAGCUAUUGACAGAUACGCUUGGGAACAGACAACAGCAGAAACAACUCUGGUUUCUAGUUUAGAUGGCCCCUUCUGCUUUCAGACAGAGGAAGAGAGAUAUUAUAUGGGAAACAAGGCCCUCGAGAAAAAAAAGUACCAAAAGCUAAAGGAAGGAGGAACAGAAGAAAACCCACAUAUGGAGAUUAAAAUUGGAAACGAUCAACGUAAAACAACAAAGAAUUAA